AUGGAGGUGUACCUUUUUUUCAAUUGGAAAAAAGCUAGCUUUAUGAUGGCUCCUUGGUGUGAUGUUCCUGCAGAACUUGUUGAAAGAAUCAGUAAAUUUGUGGAGAGUCAUAUUGAUAUCCUUCGAAUUCGUGCAGUAUGCAGUUCAUGGCGUUCAACACUUUCUCCUGAUUUUAAAAUCCCCAAAUCUGAGUUUCCCAUCAAAUUACCCUACGAACCGCCUUUUCCCCACCAACCCAUGUUAUGUACAACUGAUUUCAAAUCACAUUUUUAUUUAAUCGAAAGCAGUGUUUAUCUUAUCCAACUUCCUCAUCCUCCUCACACAGGCUGGUUGGUCAAGAUUCUACAAACAGGACCUGGAAAAUUUAAGAUUUUGAAUCCUCUAACCAUCAGAGUGAUGGAUAAUUUGCCUGAUACGACGAAAUUGAAUUUUCUAGAUUUUCGUGUUUCUCAAGUUUGUAAAUUCUAUCAUGUGCAUUGGGACUUAAACUAUUACAUACAUUGUAUGCUAGGAUAUGAAUUAUUUAAUAAAGCCUUGCCUAUUUGGAAUGAUCAAACCAAUCAGUUUUCUAUAAUGGCUACUAUUGAUCACUUAUUGUGUGUUAAAUCAGGGGAUAACAAAUGGACUACCUUGAAACAUCCCACUCAUAGUAAGAUUGUCGAUAUUAUUGUUUAUAAGGGGAAUUUUUAUGUUGUUGAUACUUAUGGACAGACCAUAAUGUAUGAUUCCUCUUUGUCUAACGAUCACACCAUCGUAUCUUCCACAUUAAAGGUGUUUAACGAAUGGGGUACUAAGAAACGACUAAUCGAAUCAGGUGGGGAGUUGUUUCUGGUUGAUAUGCUUUUAGAUACUGAUGUUAAGACAAAGUGGCAUGUGCAUACAUUGGGUGAUCAAAUUUUCUUUGCUGGUGAUGACUGUUGUUUCUCUGUUUCUUCAUCAAAUUUUGGUGAUCACUACUGCAGAGAAAACUGUAUUUACUAUGUGAACGGAGGUAUAAUUGUGGAUAGGAAAUGUUAUCCGUCAAAGUACUAUGCAUACGACUUUGAAGAUCAUUUGGUAUCUGGUCUUAGCGAAGAAGUGAAACUUAGAUAUGAAGGAUUAGAUGGUCAUCACACAGGUAUCUUUAGCUUACGAGAUGGUAAACUUGGUUCAUUGUUAUCCUUCAUCGAAUAUGCAGAUAUUUUCUGGCCACCACCAUCUUGGAUUUUUACUACUGACGAUCAUCAGGCAGAGUUUUGGCACUUUGUAAUUGAUGAUAGACAUGUAAGGUCGUUUAAUGACACGCCCUACAUGAAGAAGGUUCCGUUUCACAGGUGA